CAGAAACCAACUACAGUUUGUAGGGUUUCAAGGAAAAGGGACAUACAGCAAGAUGGUGUGUUUUGCACACAUGAAACCAAAAAGAUUCGCCGGUUGCACAAAGUGCAGAUCCAAAAGAUUGCUUUCAUUAUUAGUAAUGCACUGAGCGCAUUCAAUCAAUUCUGUUACUAUCCCCUGGAGACUAUGUGCCCAGUGAUAUCUUCAUCAAUUGAGAGAGUUAACUAUGGAAGAUCUGGAGCAGAUGUUCCAAAACCGGCUUGUAAGAUUCGCCACUCGAAAGACGUGCUUUGUGACAACUGCUUUUCCAAGCUAAUUUUAUUGACGCCUACCUAA